AUGGCAUCGAAAGAGCAGGCAGAGAGCCUGAGCAAGUACCUGCGGUGUGGCCUGUGCCGGGAGCUGUUCCAACAGCCAGUCAUCCUGGAGUGCGGCCACAACUUCUGUCGGGGCUGCAUCCAGAGCGAGUGGGAGAAGGUAGAAGGGGGAGGCUGCUGUCCGGAGUGUCUGACUCUGUCCCAAGGCAGUCACCUCAAACUCAACAGGGCCCUAGCUAACCUGGCCGACAGGCUGAGGAACCUGAAGCCGGCUCGAGAGCGCACUCCUUGGGCAGAGCCUCCGGGGGGAGAGCCUGGCUUCGGCCUCUAUUGCAGUGAGCACCGGGAGGAACUGAAACUGUUCUGUGAGACUGACCGCCAGCUGAUCUGUGUGAUGUGCCUGGAUGGCAGAGGGGGUCACAGCCACAAGUUCCAUGACUUCAUGCUCAUCCAUGAAGCUGUCAUCAAAUACAAGGAAAGACUGAAAACAUCCCUGGACAACCUGAGACAGAAAAUCAUCAUCCUAGAAGCAAAGUUGAAAGAGAAACAGGGCAUUUCGGAAAUUGGAGAGAAAUCAGCCAGCCUGCAGAACCUUAUCUCUUCCGAAUUCGCUAAAAUGCACCAGUUCCUGAACAGGAGAGAAGAGAGUUUGAUUCGGGAGCUGAAGGACCAUGAAGACAACCUUUCAGGAGUGAUGGAAAAGAACCUUCAAGAGAUAAAAAAUCAUUUAGAUUCUGUUCAGCGAAAACUGUCGCGAUUGCACACGAAAAUGGACCAGCGAGCAUCAGUCCACUUCUUGGAGGAAGAAGCUUGGGGACAAAAGAGUGAAGACGGUCACCAUAUAUUAAUCAGUGGAAAUCAGCCACUGGGACUGUUCAAAGGACCAUUACAGUACACAGUUUGGAGAGAAAUGAUCAGCACUAUCUACCCAGCUCCAACCUGUUUGACUUUGGAUCCCAAUACUGCACAUUCCUGGCUCAUCCUGUCCGAUGAUCUGACCAGCGUAAGAUACGGAGAUAGGGGACAGUCUCUCCCUGAGACACCCGAGAGGUUUUAUCCCUGUGUGUGUGUACUGGCGUCGGAGGGAUUCAACUCAGGCAAACACUACUGGGAGGUUGAGGUGGGAAACAGCGCUGAGUGGGAUCUUGGAGUGGUGACGGAAUCCAUCAACAGGAAAGGAGAUAUCACGGCCAUGCCAGAGGCUGGUUACUGGAUCGUGUGGCUGAGGAGGAGUGAGUAUAAAGCUGGCACAUUUCCACGUACCCUCCUGACCGUGGACAUCAAGCCCCGGAAGAUCGGGGUCUACCUGAACUACGAGGAGGGGCAGGUGUCAUUUUACAAUGCAGACAACAUGUUCCAUCUCCACACCUUCAUCGACAUCUUCACUGAGAAACUUUACCCUUUCUUCAGUCCUUGCUUGAGUGGUCAUGGGGAGAACACAGAACCACUCAAAAUCUGCUCCAUGAAAGAUUUAUUUCAUUAAUUGAAUUUAAAUUCCACUGAACUGCCUAUAAUGGGAUUUGAACAGAUCUCUCUGGACUAUUGACGACUAAUCCGGUAUCAAAGCCAUUGCUAUGCCCAUUGCUGAGCUGGAUAUGAAUCCCAGAACAAGACUUUGAAGAAUAUGUUGACCCCUCCUCACUGAUUUCUGGCUCAGCUUACUUUCCCUUUUCCACCCGUCACAACAGGCUUAUUAAAAUUAAGGUUUGA